AUGUCUACGACGGAUGAAUUAAACCUGUUAAUACAGAAUUUACAAAAAUGUAAUAAUGCGAAUGAAUGCAUAAACUUCGAUUUGGCUAGCACUAUACAAGGUUUUUUAAAUUGUUUAGAUAAGAAUGUACUAGAAAAUAUAGAUAAAGGUCUAGGUGAAAAUGAAUAUGAAAAAGAGGUAGUAGAUAGUUUUACCUCAGCAGCUAUAUUUGUUGAGAAUUGUGUAAAAAUAUUUAGUCAAAAAAUUGAGCAUUUACAUAAUUUAGCACAUAAUACAUUAUAUAAUAUAUAUAAAGAAAAUAAACAUAACUCAUCAUCAAAAAAAAACCAGUUGAUAAUAUCUGAUGAAGAAGAAUAUUUAUAUAUUAAUGAAAUAAAGAAUAUGAAAAAUAUACAACAUGAGAAUGAUACAAUUGAAGAUGAUAUUUUAAUUAAAUCCAUACCCUUUCCAACUUUUCUUUUUUCUGAUAAUAUUAAAAAAACUAAAGAUAUAAAUGAAGAUAAAAGAAAAACAGAUUUAAACAAAAAUAAUGAAGAUAAAGAAAAAGAUAAUAUAAAUAAAGAUAAUAAUAUAGAUCCUAUAAAUGAAUUUGAAAUUACAGAAAAUAAUUCUGUAAACACAUUAAAUUUUGAAAAAAUAUAUCUUGAAAAUGAUGGUAUCUUAUUAUUAGAUAUAAAUGAUUAUAAUAUAUUUAUAGAUGAUCCUUAUAAUUAUUCUAUAGAAAAUAAAAAUAGUACUAUCCUAUUUGAAAAAUAUGAUUUUUUUUCUAGACAUUCAACAUAUUUAUCAUCAAAUACAUUAAGCAAAUAUGUUGUAGAAAAUAAAAAUAUGGAUCAUAUAUAUAAAUUAUAUAAUCAUAUAACAGAUAUAAUAAAUAAAAAUAUAUGUUUUGAUAUCUUCUUAUUUAAACAAGAUUUUUUUGAUUAUGAUUUCUCUUUAGGUAUAUUAAAAAAUAAAAAAUCUAUUCUAAAAAAAUUUAAGCAACAACAAAAAAAAUUACAUCUUUUAGAAGAAAAUAAACAUAUGGAAAAUCAUAUUAACAAUAAUUAUCAUUUAUACAAAUGUGAUAUAAAUAGACCAUUACCUCAUUAUUAUAUGUUACACUGUUAUAAUAUAAAAAAUUAUCAAGACUUCUUUAGAUAUAUGCAACCAAAUUAUAUACUUGAAAUAAUUAAACGGGACAUAAUUAAACAAAUAAUAUAUAACAUAAAUCAACAACAAACGGAAAUACUAAAUGAACCACAUGUAAUUAAUAAUAAUAAUAAUAAUAAUACACCACAUAAUAUCGACAAAAACAAUAAUGAUCAUAAAGACAAUAAUAUGGAUCAUCCACAAUAUGAAGAUAAUACACAAUAUUAUGCUAAUCCAUUUUAUGAUUAUAAUAUUUUUGAUAAUAUAUUCCAGUUUGAUCAUAUGAUAAAUUAUGAUCCAUAUUUUUAUAAAAAUCUUAAUUUACACCACAAUGUAAAUAUAAAUAACCUUGAUAAAAACACAAAUAAAAAUCAAACCAAUGAUGACAAAAAUAUUAUAAACAAUCUAUAUACAAACGAUAUAAAAGAAACAGAAAAAAAUGUUCUUAUGUCUUCAAAUAUUAACAAUUUCUCAAAUGAUCAAAAAUUAUUUAAUCAAAUAAAAAUUCCAGAAUUAUAUAUUCAAAAAUUAGGGUUGAAUUUUUCAUACUAUCAUUUAGAACCAUUAAUAUACAAUUUUAUAAAAACACUUAAAAAAAAAAAUGACAUUGAAAAAUUUUUUUCUGUGAACCUUUUUGAUGACAAGCCUAUAUAUGAAUUUGAUAUUUUAAGAGACGAUGAGUAUGAUGAACAAAUAAAUGAUGAUAAUAAAAAUUAUAUGGACCAAAAUAAUAACUUUGAUAAUUUCACAGAAAAAAAUAUAUUAAAUGAUGAAAUUAAUAAUAUACCUAUAGGUAUUUUUGAAAACGACCAUCUCGACAAUACUUUUAAUAUGAAUGAAGACCAGGAGUUACAAGACAGAGUCAGCAAGUGGAAUGCUUUUAUUGAGGAAAAAUUAGAAAUGUUGAAAAGGCAACCAAAAUAUGAUGUGGAUCUUUAUAAAAAGAAUAUUAUUAACUAUACAAUAAAUAACGGUGAUAAUAUAUCAUUUACUAAACUUAUUAAGAAUAAAGACAAAUUUGAAAUAUCAAGAAAUUUUCUAACAACACUCAUGUUAAUUAAUACAGAUAUAUUAAACAUAAAAAAAAUAAAUAAACAUAAAAAAUCUAACAAUGUAAGUAAUUAUGAAAUACAUAUAAAAAAGGAAAACCUACAACAAUAUCUCACCAUCUCAAACAAAAUUCAAAAUAAAUCAAUUCUAAUUACCGAGAAAAAAAGAAAAACAAAUAAAGGGAACCUAACUAAUGGUAUGAAUGAUAGUUUAAAAAAAAAGCAAAAAAUAUGA